AUGGGGCGUUCUGUUGAGCAAAAAAGAAAAUCAAGAAACUUGAGAAAGAAGCGUAAACGGGCUGAACGAUACAAGAGCAAAAGAGAAGAGGACGUGCAAACGCGAGUUGAGAAAAUAGUUCGCGUGAUACGGAAAGAUUUCGAUCAGCAGAAACGUAUUGCCUCCAAGUAUUACAACAAGUGGAAGCAGUGUAUGUUAGACAUUAAUAAUAAUUUUAAAAAGUCUGAAUCUUCAAAGGUAAACCUGCAUUUCAACUUCAUAGUCAAUUCUAUUUCAAUAAUUUUAAUUGGCCAUUCCAUUUAUUUAUACAUGCACAGUCACCAUUUGAGCUUUGAGCGAUGUUAUUUUAUAGUAUAAUAUGCUUACAAUUCAAACUUAAAAAAUUCAUUCUUUCAAUGUUAAUGUUAACAUAACAUUGUUGAAAUGGUGACUGUGUGCCUUUAAAUCUGCGCACCACCCAUAUAUUGAGAGAUGGCCGGAUGGGAAGGGGGAGGGGUGUGGAUCAGGGGCAUAGGAGCAUCAAAAGAUUGGGUGUGUGUGUGUUUUGAGGGGCAUUUUUGGAAUGAAAAGGGCAUGCACCUGAACAUUUUUUUAAGGAAAUGUUAGCAACGGUAAAGGGGGGAGAGGAAAAGUAAUUUCAAUCAUAUAAAAUGCAAUCUGAACAACAUUUUUCAUGAAGGCAAAGGGCGCUUGCCACUGGAGAGAGGGCACUUUUUGUGUUUUCUGAAAACUUGCCCCCACCCCCCGGUUCCUACGCCCCUGGUGUGGUUGUUCUCACAGGAUUUUCUGAAAAAUUCAAAAAAUUGUGUUUCAGUGAUAUAUGGGGCGGGAAGAAUAACAUCCUAAAUAGCACACCAAAAAAGUGAAUUGAAAGGCCAAAGUGGUUCUAUGUUUUAAGGGAUUAUGUUUAUGAAGGUGACUGUCAAGGGGGUUCAUAUACUAAAUGGAGCAUAACUAGCAUGUUUACAAAGAUGUAUUUCUCUUUCGCAUAAACAGUUCGGUCACAGUACGUACAUGUAACCUUUACAAAUUAGAUUUCAAUUGACUUUUAAAAUCUAUAUGAGAAUGGUUAACAAUAUUUUUUCCUUUAUAUACUUUUUAAUAGGUUUUGCCAGGACUACAAGUACAACAGCAAAAAUCUCUUCCAAAUAUUGAGCCAGAUGAACUGGAAAAUCCUUCACCAUGUAUUGGCUCUGGAAGCUUUGGGCAUUGUAGUACAUGGUACUAUCCACGGUUUGAUAUAAACAUUGUUGAGAAGAUUAUGCCAGAUUCAAAUGAGACCACGGUUUAUAAAGAAGCACUGUAUCAGCAAAUGUUUGCCCAUAGAUGUGUGCCUCAUGUUUUUGGAAUAAACAAUACAAGGAAGCGAUAUUCCUUAUUUAUGGAGUUUGUUGGAAAGGACCUUCAAUCAUUGACAAUACACAAACUGUUGUAUGACAAAGAAUCCAUGGAUAUUAUGGGAAGUAUGACAGUGCUAGAUUGGUUCAGAGUCUGUUAUGACAUUGCUAAUGCAUUACAAUACAUCCAUAAAAAGGGAUUCCUCCAUUGUGAUAUCAAAACAAACAAUGUUCUUGUGUCCGAUCACAAAAAUGGGUAUUUAAUUGACUUUGGAAAGGUCAAACAAAUUGCAUAUGCAUCAGGAAAGAAAUAUGCAAAGGUUUACAAUUAUAUUGCCCCCGAAGUCCUGAAUAGUCAUCCACCAAGUCCUGCAAGUGAUGUGUAUUCGUUUGGAAUCAUUAUAAAGGCCAUCGGGGAAACCAUUGGAGAUAACACACUGCUUGAACUUGGACAACAGUCAUCAUCUGCAAUUCCUGCACAAAGGCCAAGCAUGAUACGACUUCUGUCAGCCUUAAAUCCAUAUACAUAUACAGGCAACACACUUGAUAAAGGACAGAAAAAAAACUAA